AUGCACACGUUUUCCACAUUACCCGUCGAACUUGUUUACCGAAUUAUGGAUCAUCAAAAUGGGAAGACGCUACUUUGUUCAAUGCAAAAUACUUCCCGGCGGCUUAAUCAGAUCCUCAGCACCUAUAGACGAUAUCGAACACUCACCGAACUAACCCUCAACGUGAUCGGUGCUAAAGAAGCACAACACACUGCGAAUGCGUUGCGAAGGAACACGACACUCACCACGCUAAACCUCGGCGGUAGCAUAAUCAGUAAUGAAGCAGCACAACUCAUUGCGGAUGCGUUGCGAACGAACACGACACUCACCACACUAAACAUCCCUGCCAGCAGAAUCAGUGCUAAAGGAGCACAGCACAUUGCGGAUGCGUUGCGAACGAACACGACGCUCACCACACUAGAUCUCAACAACAACGGAAUCGGUGGUGAAGGAGCACAACACAUUGCGGAUGCGUUGCGAACGAACACGACGCUCACCACACUAGAUCUCGAGUGUAACCGAAUCGGUGCUGAAGGAGCAGAAUACAUUGCGGAUGCGUUGCGAACAAACACGACACUCACCACACUAGAUCUCAACAGCAACGGAAUCGGUGGUGAAGGAGCACAACACAUUGCGGAUGCGUUGCGAACGAACAUGACACUCACCACAAUAAACCUCAAUUGGAACCGAAUCGGUGCUGAAGGAGCACAACACAUUGCGGAUGCGUUACGAACGAACACGACACUCGCCACGCUAAACCUCCGUGAUAACGAAAUCGGUGAUGAAGGAGCACAACACAUUGCGGAUGCGUUGCGAACGAACACGACGCUCACCACACUAGAUCUCAACAGCAACGGAAUGGGUAGUGAAGGAGCACAACACGUUGUGGAUGCGUUGCGAACGAACACGACACUCACCACACUAGAUCUCAACAACAACAGAAUCGGUGUUGAAGGAGCACAACACAUUGCGGAUGCGUUGCGAACGAACACGACACUCGCCACGAUGAACAUCCGAAAUAACACAAUCGAUGAUGAAGGAGCACAACACAUUGCGGAUGCGUUGCGAACGAACACGAGGCUCACCACACUAAACCUCGCCGCGAACACAAUCGCUGCUAAAGGAGCACAGCACAUUGCGGAUGCCUUGCGAACGAACACAACGCUCACCACACUAGAUCUCAACAACAACGGAAUCGGUGGUGAAGGAGCACAACACAUUGCGGAUGCGUUGCAAACGAACACGACACUCGCCUCGCUAAAACUCCGCGCUAAUGAAAUCGGUGAUGAAGGAGGACAACACAUUGCGGAUGCGUUGCGAACGAACACGACGCUCACCACACUACAUCUCGAGUAUAACGGAAUCGGUGAUGAAGGAGCACAACACAUUGCGGAUGCGUUGCGAACGAACACGACACUCGCCACGAUGAACCUCCGAUAUAACACAAUCGGUGCUGAAGGAGCACAACACAUUGCGGAUGCGUUGCGGACGAACACGGCACUCACCACAAUAGACCUCAAUUGGAACCGAAUCGGUGCUGAAGGAGCACAACACAUUGCGGGUGCGUUGCGAACGAACACGACACUCACCACACUCGAUCUCGUCGAUAACCAAAUCAGUGCUGAAGCAGCAGAGUACAUUGCGGACGCGUUGCGUAGGAAUGUAAGCGUGAAUAUGGUGUAG